AUGGUACCCAAUCUAGAGUGCCGGAUGUACGAAGCCAUGUUGCCGGAGGUAGACCAGCCGGUGAUGAUCGAAAUCAAGAGGAUCGACAGCCAGAUGGCGGUGUACGUCUCCUUAGUGGAAUACAACAACAUUGAAGGCAUGAUGUCCCUCAUGGAGCUCUCCCGCACCCGAAUCAGGAGCAUCAACCGGGUCGUCAAGGUCGGCCGGGUCGAACCUGCCAUGGUCCUCAAGGUGGAAAAGGACAAAGGCCACGUCGACCUCAGCAAACGAAGGAUUUCCAACGUGGAGAGAGCGGCUUGCGAAGAAAGGUACAACAAGAGCAAGCUGGUCCACUCGAUCUUGCGCCACGUGGCAGAGACGGUCGAGAUUGACCUAGAAGAUUUGUACGUCCACAUCGGAUGGCCUUUGUAUAGGAAAUACGGUCACGCUUUCGAGGCGUUCAAGCUGAUGGUGACCGACCCGGAUUCUGUUCUCGGUUCGAUCGGUUUGAUCGGUUCGGACAACUCGUCGGUUCGGUCGAUCAUCACCGAUGAACUUAAGGAUGCCUUAGUGAAGAAUAUCCGGGGAAGGAUGACGCCUCAGCCGUUGAAGAUUCGGGCGGAUAUCGAGCUCAAGUGUUUCCACUACGACGGCGUUCUUCACAUUAAGGAAGCCAUGCGGAAAGCCGAGGCGGCCGGCGACGAGGAUUGCCCGGUGAAGGUGAAGCUGGUGGCUCCUCCGGCGUACGUGAUGAUCACGCAGACUCUGGAUAGGGUGCGUGGAUUGGAAGUUUUGAACAAGGCGAUCGAGGCCGGAACCGAGGAGAUUGAACGACACAAGGGGAAGUUGGUGGUGAAGGAAGCUCCUAGGGUUGUGAGUGAACGUGAGGAUAGAUUGCUUGCGGAACAAAUGGCUAAGUUGAGUAGUCAAAAUGCGGAUAUUAGCGAUGAUGAUGAAGAGGAGGAAGAAGAAGGCAUGGGAGAGAUUGAUCUGGAUAAGGGGCAAGGCAUCAUUGAAUGA